AUGAGAAGAGGAAGUGGAGAUAAGGUAAUAUAGACGUUAGUUUUUGGUUUGGAAAUUGUUUUUGUUUUGAUUUUUGGUCUGAAGGAGUUCUGGAUGUAAAUUAAUGACUCGGUGCAGAAUGCCAAAAUUUAGGUUUUUGUGGUGAGACCAACAUUUUUUGUUUUUGUUGGGUUUAUACAACAAAAAUUUCAUUUUUUUGUGGUUUCUAAGCUACAAACGCUUUACGUGAUAUUAAAGUGCCAUUUUAAAAUUUUAAAUUAAAAAAAAACUUUUUUACUUUAGGUCCCUCGUCCUCAAAACGAUCAAAGUGCUGACAAAACAGUUGGGUUGGAGCGGCGCUGGGCGCCAACAGCGUCAUGUUUGAGCCAGGUCAGCCGCAAAUCGAGCACUACACGCUGUUUCAGACGUUGAAAAGUGUAGCGCUCACCUUACUGGUAUUAUGGACGGUGGCAGCAAAUGCGCUGGUUUUUGUUGUACUGUACAAAAAUCCUCGCUUACAAACAGUGCCUAAUUUAUUAGUGAGUUUUUCAGUUUUUUUGAUUAUGAUACUUGUAUUAUCAUUGAGAUACAGUUUUCUUAUUUUGAGUACGAUACUAUGACUGAGCGUUAUAUUUUCGGUUUUUUAUAGUGAUAUAUAGCUUAAAAAUUAAAUUUUUUUUUCAAUUUUUUUAAGGCUAUUAAGCCUAAGACUAAAGCUAAGCCUAAACUCACGUCUAAGCCUAAGCAUAAGUCUAAGCCUAAGCCUAAGCCUAAGCCUAAGCCUAAGCCUAAGCCUAAGCCUAAGCCUAAGCCUAAGCCUAAGCCUAAGCCUAAGCCUAAGCCUAAGCCUAAGCCUAAGCCUAAGCCUAAUCCUAAUCCUAAGCCUACGCCCAAGCCUAAGCCUAAGCUUAAGUUUAAGCCUAAGCCUAAGCUUAAGCCUAAACUUAAACCUAAGCUUAAAAAUAUAUGGUGCAAAAUGGCUUAAUUUUUUCUUACUCGCUCAAUUUUGCCAUUUUUUAAAAUGUUUUAAAGCCUUUUUCAAGAUUUCGUAGAUUUUUUUCAAAAUUAAAAAAAAACUCUUUGAGAAUGUACAUGUAACAACUUUGGAAAUGCGUUACAUUCAUUUCUAAUGACUGCAGGAAGUCAUUAUCUCCUCUAACGACUCAACAUUGACGUCUUAAAAGAGGCGAGAAUUACUUUCAAGUAUUUUUACAUUCUUGGAAAUCUUUCAAAAAAAGAUACGAAACCAAAAAUAAAUUAGAUUAUUUGCUUUUGCCUUGGAACUUUGGCCUAGGCGACACUUAUGAGUUGUUUUGUUAACGAUAUUUCUCGAAAUUUCAAUGGAAUGUGACAAAGUUUGGGGGAUGGAGUGACAUCAAGAUAUAAAAGUGUAAAGACUUGGUUUAUGUGGAUAUAUUUAGCAUAAUAUACAUAUUAAAAAGGCAUUCAGAAAGCAGUUUUGAGUCAAUUUUAAAUUAGUCUAUUAAGCUAUCUCUCCUCUAACGACUCCAAGACAACUAAUAUUGUUAUUGUGAUAAGUAGUACUAUUAUUAGGUGCCGACAUAAAGAACCCGCCAUUUUUUACAGGAAAUUACAGGAAAAGUGUGGCGGGUUCUAUAUGUCGGCACCUAAUAGGUUGAAUUAAAAGUAGCGGGACAGUCUUUGCUCAAAAAAUUAAAAAAAUUAUAAUUGUCCCAAAACUUUCGGGUCAACCUAAUAAUAAGGCUUAUUUUAUCAUAGCUAGUAUAUAUUAAAAGCGAAAUUUAAGAUGUACCAUUAAGCACCAGCUUGUUGGUGCUCAAAAACCACGUUCUGUUUAUUUGUCAAAUUUCAGGCUUAAUAUUUGAGUAAUUGUUUUCGGCCUUAAUUUGACACUUGAAAUUAAAACUGGUCGUUUUUGAGAAUAAGAUAUGUAAAAUGCUAGAAUUUUCCGAAUAAAUACGUACUUUCGUUUUAAUUGGUACAAAAUAGCACGUAUUUUAGUCUGGGAUGAUUACGUGGGCUUUGAUCAGGCAAAUUUUUGGGCUUUUAUUGUAAGCAUUGUUCUAAUCAUUAAUGUUAACAAAAGCUGGAAACAUAAGAAAUUACUGUACUUAAAGUAGCAUUAGAACUAUACAACUAUGAAGAUAAAUAUCAAAGCAAAAAGACACCAAAACUACCUAAGAUAUCAAUAAAACAACAAAAAGUACAGUAUAAUUUACCCUAUUAAAUGCCGACAUAAAGAACCCGCCAUACUUUUCCUGUAAUUUCCUGAAAAAAAAUGGCGGGUUCUUUAUGUCGGCACCUAGUACACCAUCCCUAACCUCAUUCUUCGAAUUUUCAGGUGGGUAACUUGGCUUUCAGCGACUUAUGCCUCGGACUGGUCGUGUUGCCAUUGUCUUCAGUGUAUGCCAUCGCCGGGGAAUGGUUGUUUCCCGAAACGCUGUGUGCCAUCUUUGUAUCCGGUGGGUAAACAUGAAUAUUUAUAAGGUGUGAAUGGAUAUAUUUCGCUUCGAAAUAUACAACAAUAAUGCUCGUAUAGAGAAAAUAUUUGAGCAUAACAACAUGAAAAUGAUGUUGGAUUCAAGAAAAAUGCCUUUAGGCAAAUAAAAAUUGAAAAAAAUUUUAAAAAUUUAAACGUUUUUCAAAUUUUUUAGAUAUAAAGGGGGGGGGGGUUGGGUUGUUAAAAUUUUUAAACUAAAAAAUCUAAAAAGUUACAAAUGUCAUUUCAGCCGACAUUCUCUGCUCAACUGCCUCAAUAUGGAACCUAUCAAUCGUCGGUCUGGACCGUUAUUGGGCCAUAACAUCGCCCGUUGCCUAUAUGGCCAAGCGUAACAAACGCACGGCGUUAGUUAUGAUCCUAGCCGUCUGGGUGUCAUCAGCUCUGAUCAGUUUGGCCCCACUAUUAGGCUGGAAACAGAUAGCCGAACACGGGAAUCUGGUCAUGAUCAACGGGACAUGGCAAUGCACGUUCUUGGACUUGCCAUCGUAUACGAUCUACAGUGCGACUGGGAGUUUUUUCAUCCCGUUAACUGUGAUGUUCUUUGUGUACUUCAAGAUCUACCAAGCCUUUGCUAAGCAUCGUGCACGACAGAUUUAUAGACAGAAGGUAGGUUCUUGUUUGGUACUAAUAUUAUUUUUUGGUUGAUAUUGUACUAAAGUAAUUUUGGGUACUAGUACUAUAGUACAAUAUAUUUUUUUUGGUACUAAUACUAUAGUACAAAAUUUUUUUACAUUAUGGUGGUAUGCAAAAUAAGGGGUGUUUUCAUGUUUCCAAAUUGCAUUAUAUUAACAACCAAAGCUUACUAAUAUCGGUUUCUUUUGACGGUUUAUAUGUGCUGGAAUUGAAGGUCGUAACACAACUUUUAGUACUAUAGUACUGUGACAUAAAAAAUACUUAACAUAUAUACUUUUUUAUAAUUGUAUUACCUAUUUGUAUAUAUGCGCAUGUUAUAUUAGGCGCCGACAUAAGGAACCCGCCAUUUUUGACAAGAAAUUACAGGCAAAGUAUGGCGGGUUCUUUAUGUCGGCACCUAAUAGUACAAGUACUGAAAGUUGUGCGAAUUUCCUUGAAAAAUGGAUUUACUGCGGUGAUGGGGGUGGAUUGGCAUGUAUAUGUAUAGCCCAUGUUGACUUUAUUUUAAUUUUUAGCUGGCAACGUCUUCGCAUGUAAGCCCUUAUGUUUCUCCCUGAUAUUAAUCAUUGUUGUAUGCUUACAUUUCACCAACUUUUAACAUUUUAUCAAUAGUUUUUCCUUUUGCACUUUUUCAAAAUUUCUUAAAAUUUUUUGCUUUUGCACGGCCAGUUUUAGUAUCAUCCAUAUGACCAGUUAACAACGUUUUUUACGUCAAUGUAUUAAGUGCCGACAUAAAGAACCCGCCAUUUUUUACAGGAAAGUACAGGAAAUUUAUGGCGGGUUCUUUAUGUCGGCUUCUAAUAACAACCUUUUUUUCGUUACUGUAACACUAAAAUUUUAAAUGUUAGCACAAAAACCCUUAUAACACCAUUUGCCAUAUCUGUCAUUUCUCAGUAUCUGUGCCAUUGCCUCUACACCGCACGAUAAUUCUUUAAAAUUCACUUUUUUAAACCAAGCACGCUUUAAAAAACAAUUUUAAACUUAAACCAAGUAGUUUUGCACUGUUUUUUCAAAGCACAACUUCUUUUAUGUGGUUACACUUUUUACUGUAGGUCAUUCGAAAACAUAUUGAGUCGACGAUUCUACACGAAAUCAGCCAUGUCUUACCGACAUCGGAUGAGUUUGCAAAAGAAGAGGAGGAUGAAGAAGAUGAGGAUGAUAGUAGUGGUGAGUUAGGAGUUUUUGAGAGCUUUUACUAGGUCUCGACAUAAAGAACCCGUCAUACUUUUCCUGUAAUUUUCUGUAAAAAAAUGGCGGAUUCUUUAUGUCGGCACCUAAUACUAGGCUUGAAGUUAGAAAUAAACUGACUUUUUUGCUUUGAGUUAAGUGUAGGCUAAAAUUUAGGCUUCGAAUGAAGCUUAGGCUUUUAUUAUUGAUACAUUUAGAAUCUCAUGUGUAAUAUCAAAACACAAAGUGUGAUAACCAAUAAUUCCAGAAAGAUCAAAGGAAAAAGACUCAAAAUCACCGAACGGGGUGAUUGUUGAAGAAGACGAAGAUGCCAUAAUGGAAGAAGAUGAAGAUGAGUAUGAAGAAGAAGACAGCGAUUACAAUACAAACCUCAGGACGACGGAAAACGUGACACAAGUUACAGUAGCCGUUACUGUAAGAUUUUUUAAUUGUUAUUUUAGUUGAUUUAGUUCGCUUAUUAACUGUUAGUCAAGCAGGUGUUGUGUAAUAACAUUACAUUAACCAUACGACAAAGUUUUAUAUUAAGUUAGGUUAAAGACAAUAGAUUGGAAUAGGGGGGAGGUUAGAGUUCAAAAAGCAAAUUUAAGCUUAAAAACAAAAAAAUGGAAAAAUUUAAGCCUAAAAGCAGAAAAACGAAAGGAUUUAUGCCUAAAAACUAUACAAAACAAGUAGUAUAAGCCUACAACUCCACUGAAAGUACAAAGUUAAGCCUAUAAACUUACAGACGCCAGCAGAACAAAAAUCAGUGAUAGUUCGACGAGAAGCUUGUCAAAAUGGUGAUACGAAGCCUAAGACCAAUUAUGAAAAGUGUGUAGCUUUCCGGAAAGAAGAUGCUCAUCCAGAACUACAAGAAGGCCGUAAAGAUCAUCCUGUCAUCAGCUAUGAAAAAGUAAAACGUCACAAACAAAGGUAAGUUAUUUUAAGUUUACAAGUUUAGUUGGGACAGUUGGUACAGUAUCACAAGUUUGACUGGGACAGUUGGUACUAAUACUUUUUUAUAAAGUAUUACUUGCCGACAUAAAAAACCCGCCAUUUUUACAAGAAAUUAUAGGCAAAGUAUGGCGGGUUCUUUAUGUCGGCACUUAACAUUAGGUCUAACCAAAAGAAACGGGGCACUUUUCAGUUGAAAAAUAAGUGAAAAGUGUCCCGGUACUUUUGGUUUAACCUAAUAUUAGACGCGGUUACCUUUAAAAUAUGUAAUAAAACUUUCUCAUCAUAUUUAGAACGACCAUAUAAAUUUCAGAAAAGAACGAAACUAUCGUAAGAGCUUACAAAAGAAGCCUAGAGCCAUUUCGGCCGCUAAGGAACGCCGUGGAGUGAAAGUUCUUGGCAUCAUUCUUGGAUGCUUUACUGUUUGCUGGACGCCUUUCUUUAUGUAAGUACUAUAUAUCAUACAGUAUUGACUUUACAUUUUGUGAGCUUCAACGAUUACAUAUAUUAUACCUAAUUAUAAAACUAUUAAGUGCUGACGUAAAGAACCCGCCAUUUUUUACAGGAAAUUACAAGCAAAUUAUGGCGGGUUCUUUAUGUCGGUGCCUGAUAUAUAUCAUAAACAACGCUUAUUGACUUCACAAUCUUGAAGCCUUUAGUUAAAAUUAAAUAUAUUAUACACUAUUUAAAAAUUAGUUUCAAAAAAUAUUUUUUAAAAAAAUUAUGUUUUCUGAAAAAUUACUUUCAGCAUGUACGUGGUAGUACAAUUUUGCUCAACGUGUAAGAUCAACCCGCAUGUUGAGAUGUUCAUCACCUGGCUUGGCUACAGUAACUCGGCCAUGAACCCCAUAAUUUAUACGGUAAUUUUUAUGUUUGUUACCUAAAUUUUUUUUAAAAUUUUUUUAGUUUAAAAAAAAAUUUAUAAUUUUUAAAAUGAUGUUUAAUGUGAAGUUCAAACCUCUUCCAAGCCUAAAUUAAUUUUAAAAUUGAAAUCUAGGUAUUCAACCGGGACUACCAGAUCGCCCUGAAGCGCCUGUUCACGGCCGGCUCCAAAUCGCCGAGUCUGGUGCCGGCCCGCCCAUUCUGA